AUGGGCUUUGCUUUAGAGCGCUUCGCGGAAGCCGUGGACCCGGCUUUCCAUUGCCAGCUGUGCAGCCAGGUGUUGGAGGAGCCCGCGUGCACGCCUUGCGGGCACGUUUUCUGCGCCAGCUGCCUGCUGCCCUGGGCGGCGCGGAGGCGCCGGUGCCCGCUGGAGUGCCAGCCGCUGGCGCCGGGCGAGCUCUACCGGGUGCUGCCGCUGCGCAGCCUGGUCCAGCAGCUGCGAGUGCAGUGCGACUACCGUGCUCUGGGCUGCGGCCACACCGUGCGGCUGCGGGAGCUGGCGGCUCACGUCCAGAGCUGCGCCUUCGGCCCUGCCAGCGGCUGCAGCCGCCACUACCCAGGCGGCUGCGGAGGCGGCGAGGAGGAAAGGCACCAGGAGAUCACGACCCUCCCAAGUGUGGACAAGCGUGAGGGGUCACCGGGGUCCGGGAAUCGGCCUCGGGUUGCCCCCUGCAGGCGCUUGGGGAAGACGCUGCGAACGCAGCUUGGCUUGUUGCAGCGUAGGUACCAGGAGAAGUUGGCCCGGUACAUGGCGCACACACGCAACUUGGUCCGGGACCCGGGAGGCCGCCGCCGGGGUGGAGAACAGAAGUCACUCACUGUUGUGCUAGAAAGAGAAGACGAUGCUUUGGGAUUCAACAUAAUUGGAGGCAGGCGGAAUCAGAAUCACCAGAAACAAUCAGCGACUGAAGGAAUUUAUGUUUCGAAAAUUUUAGAAAAUGGACCUGCAGACAGAGCAGAUGGGCUGGAGGUUCAUGACAAAAUCAUUGAGCAAGGCAAAUGAAGGAGCAGCCCUGCCCUUGUAGGGAGGAGCUGUGGGAAGCAUUUGCAUAUGCACUUGCGGA